CUAUAAAACGCUAUUUAUACGCACCCACAAACGCACAUUAUAUAUAUAUAUAUAUAUUACCUUCAAAGGAAACAAAAAAAAAAGCCUUUUUUUUAUAUCACCAUUUACUCUAUUAUUUAAUUAUUAAUAUCAUUUACUAUUACUAUCACUAUUACUAUCACUACCUUCUUACUGUUGUAAUUAUUUUUCCCCAACUUGGCUGCAUAAUGAUGGGCUCACCCCGCACUCUGCCAUCGGCUGAUUCAACAUUUGACAAGACGCAUCCCAUUACAACCGACACUCCUUCUCUUCCAAGGUACGCCCAGCAAACCAUCAGCCAAAAGCUCAAGACCACACAACAGAUGCGCAUGCCAUUCGCACCAAUGGGGCCUCUUACUCCACCACCAAAUGACAUGCCGCUUUUCACACGACCGAAUGCCAAGAGACGAUCGAGCGACCCCCAAUCAAAAUACGUCCAAACCGAUUAUUCAUUACCUCACAAAAUGCGCGUUGUUUCGGGAAACGAUCUCGGAACAGUAGCCAUACCAGCACAAUGGACGACGUUUCAUGGUUCAACAGUCAUUCAUGAUCCAAAGAACUGUAUGUUUAAGAUGGUUUUAGACAACCAUGGGAGUAUAGCUGCCCUGUGUUAUCUACCGACUAGAUUCCAGGCCAUUGUGGAAUUUUAUCACACAGAAAUUCCAAUUACAUACAGGAAUAUGGGUAUAGGUGACCGAAUGGCACAAGAGGCAUUUCUAUGGUUGGAAAAAUCCAAUCGAUUGAUGAUUCCAACAUGCCCCUUUGUAUUGCGGUACUUGGAGAGGCAUUUCCAAGACCGAAGUGGCGGGAGCUGGGCUCAUGUUGUACGCAGUGAGCAAGAAGGCAUAGAGAAGCUGAUGAAAGGAUACGCAUGUGCCAAUGUAGAAUAA